UUUUUUUGUUAAAAACAAAAGUAAGAAGCAAGCGACAUAAACUAGAGAGCCGGCUGAAAUAGAAGUAGGCAAACAAGGAGAAAAAUAAAGUCCAGAGAUAAGAUCAGAAGGAUAGAGUUGCUUUUCAUCAAUCUGUCGAUAUGGGUAUCUGCUAUGGCACUCCUGUUGAUCAUCACAGUCACAUUCACAGCCACAGCCCAGAAACCACCAAACCUUCCACCCCAGAUGUGAAACUUGUAGAGAAGAAACCAAUUAAUGAUCCGGAAGAGAAAAUCGUCGUGGACGAUAUGCCUUCAAGUGGACAAAUUGUGACUCCAAAUAUGAAAAUGUUUACUUUAGAAGAACUGAGAGCAGCCACGAAAAAUUUUAAACCUGCUACAGUGUUGGGUGAAGGGGGGUUCGGUCGGGUUUUCAAAGGUUGGGUUGAUGAGAAAACUUACGCGCCAUCAAAGGCCGGAGUCGGCAUGGCAGUUGCCGUUAAAAAAUCAAACCCAGAUAGCCUCCAAGGGCUAGAGGAAUGGCAAGCAGAGGUGAAGUUCUUGGGGAAAUUCUCACAUCCGAAUCUGGUAAAGCUCCUCGGAUACUGCUGGGAAGAUAGACUAUUCCUUCUCGUGUAUGAAUACAUGCAGAAAGGAAGCUUGGAAAACCACCUUUUCAGAAAUGGUGCCGAGCCUCUGUCAUGGGAUAUUCGCCUUAAAAUAGCAAUUGGCGCUGCUAAAGGCCUCACUUUCUUACACUCGUCGGAGAAGAGUGUUAUUUACCGGGACUUCAAGGCCUCCAACAUCUUGUUGGAUGCGGAGUAUAAUGCUAAACUCUCCGACUUUGGUCUAGCAAAAUUCGGACCCAUAAAUGGGAACUCACAUGUGACAACACGUGUUAUGGGCACCUACGGCUAUGCAGCUCCAGAAUAUGUUGCAACGGGACAUCUAUACGUCAAAAGUGACGUGUAUGGAUUCGGCGUCGUUUUGCUUGAAAUGUUGACAGGAUUACGGACGCUCGACACCAAUCGACCCUCGGGAAAGCACAACUUGGUGGAGUACAUGAGGCCAUCUCUUUCCGGUGAUAGAAAGCUGAAGAAGAUAAUGGACCCCAGGCUAGCAGAUCAAUACCCUGCAAAAGCGGCCGCCAAAGCUGCUGAGCUCAUAUUAAAAUGUCUAGAGUCUGACCCCAAAAGUCGGCCUUCCAUGGAUCAAGUCCUGGAAACUCUGGAGAAAAUCAGGGCCAUUGAAGCAGACCCUAAAAAGGUUAGAGCCAAAGCGAAACGCCACCAAGAAGAUCACCACGGCCAUCAUCAACCUCCCAUGCCUUCAAAGCAUGGUGACAAUGGAACCAGAGCUCGAGGCAGCCACCGUCCUUCAAUGGUUCGGUGAAUUUAAUAAACAUAGGUCUAGUGCAUUUGAAUGCAACUAUUUCAUCAGUAUAAAAUUUCCCAUUUCUUAGUCUGUGAUUGCUUUGGGAACUUGUAUAAGAGAAGAUCUGUAUAACAUGCUCAUACUCUGGUAGGAAUCAAGUCCAAUCAAACUUAAACCACCAUUAAUUACUUGUAUAUUUUAGUGUCCCUAAGUUGUUAAAUCGCUUGAAUUAUCCCAUUUUUCAAACA